AUGAAUCCAGGUCAACCUUCUAACUCGGAGAACCUUCCGCCUUCAUUUACCAAUAUCUAUCCUAAUCCUCAAUAUAACAACGUCCUUACCAUUUCUCCGCUACAGAAGAAUGCAAACGUUUGUCACGUGACUACCGCGGUUCAGGAUAUUCAUCCUCAGCACGUAACUCAAACGUUACAAACUACACUUUCAACUGCACCUUUUCAUCCUACUACCUUUUUCUAUAGUCCUCCAAACGAAUUUUGUCAUUAUUAUAUUAAUUGCAAAGAAAUCUGUUACGAUACUGUUGCUUAUUUAUUAAACAAAUCAUUAAAAGAAAAUAACGUUAAAUCUAACGAAAAUGAAUGUAUUUUCUACUAUCAACAACUACAUGACGCCAGGUUUUAUCAGGUAUCAUGUGAAAUCGUUUCUCCUUUAUUGAUUAAUAAUUGUUUGAAUAAAAAUUUUCUUGGUUUUGAGUUUCAACAGAAUGUGGAUGAGAAAUUAGCGUUCACUUUUGAACAAAAAGAAAAUCUCGAAGGUUGGUUGAAACAAUAUUUAAGUCAAUACUUAUUAAAAUAA